AAGACCAAGUUAAUAGAAAUGGCAGGAUGGUCAUUCUAAUUGCUCUGUACUUCUUCACCACUCCAUCCUUCCCUAACCCAGCAAAACCCAUCUCAAGGUUGGAGACAUGCAAUCCGACGUUGUUCCUGAUGAUUUCCCUAACAACAAUGUCGUUAAUUCCGAAAUUAAUGAUACACAUGCUGUUUCAAUGAACGAAACCCUAGCUCAGGAUAAGGGUUUGGGUAGAGAGAAUGAAUCACAAGUUAUGCAGGUUGAUCAUGAUGGAGAGGGAAAUUCUGGGGUGGUUUCAGAGAUUUUGAGUGGUAAGAGAGAAGGAAAGGGUUCUGGGAAUGAUUUAGGAAUGGUAGUUGUUCAGGAGAAAUUCAAUUCUUCUGCACAAAAUUUAGUUCUAGAAUCUGUUAAUGAUGACAAAUAUGGUAAUGAAUCGAAAUCAGAGUCGGAGAAAGCUGCCAUUUUUAGUGCUUCUGAGGUUGAUCUUGAUGUCGAAAAUCGAGCUGUCGUGAGUGAUAAUGAUGGGAAAGAUGGUGAAAAGAGUAAAGGGUUUUACCCAUCUGAUUUAGUUUGGGGCAAAGUAAGGAGUCAUCCAUGGUGGCCGGGUCAGAUAUUUGAACCCGGGGAUGCAUCUGAUAAGGCUAGGAAAUAUUCUAAGUCAAAGGGUUAUUUAAUUGGUUACUUUGGGGAUCAAACUUUUGCUUGGAAUAGUGAGGCAAAGUUGAAAUCAUUUGCCCCAAAUUUCUCUCAAAUGGUUAAACAGACAAAUAUGGAAGCUUUUCAUCAUGCUGUUGGUUGUGUUUUGGAUGAGAUUUCGAGGCGAGUGGAGUUUGGCCUUUCGUGUCGAUGUAUUGUUGAUGAUGUUUAUAACAGGUUGAAAACUCAGGUUGUUGAAAAUACCGGAAUACGAGAAAAAUCGAGGAUUCGAGAGGGAGGGGAUCGGUUUUUUAGUGCAUCAUCGUUUGAGCCGUUGAAUUUUCUUGGUUAUGUUAAGGAUUUGGCACUAGGGUCUUGUACUAAUGUUGACAAGCUAGAACGGGUGGUUGCACGAGCUCAAACGUCUGCGUUUUAUAGGUGGAAGGGUAUUUAUCAUCUAGCUGAAUUUGGAUUGCUGAUGGGGUAUGUGAAUAAUGAGGCUGGAAUCAUGGUGGAAGAUGAUAACAGGGUGUUGAAAAGGAAGAAAACGUCUGGUGAUACAGGUCGUUCGACAGAAAAAGCUAAGAACUUGUCUGACUUGAUUGGUAAAUCUAGUGUAUCUAAGAAAAUCGAUGAAGAAACCAAAAAAAAUGCUAGGAGUAAGUCUGUCGCAUCGUCUAUCAGGAAACGAAAGAAGGUUGAUUUGCUUCCCGAUGACUCGAAAGUAAAGGAAACUAGCGCACAGAGAACAGAUACUUUACAAUCCAGAGCAACAAACCCGUCUUUUCGAGUUGGAGAAAGUAUUCUUAAAGUUGCUGGUCGGCUUAACCAACGAUCGCCUUUACUAAAACUUGACGGGUCAUCUAAAGGGAAACCCAUGAAUGAUGAAGGUAACAGCAAGCUAUAUGAUAAACACAAUCCUGAGUAUGUUUCUGUUGAUGUAGUUCUUGUGCAGCUGCACUUGGCUGCUACUGAACCUUUCGAAAAACACGAUUUGUUGAGUAAAAUGGUCAAUUUCAUUUCCCAUUUUAGAAAUUCAGUUGUUCCUGACAGUGAGCUCUUGCAGAAGCUUGAGGAUUCUGGGGACGAAGGUGCGGUUGGCAAGCCGAAGGAAGGUUCUACAGGAUCAGAUCCUGCUGAAAUGGCUGACCCAGAAGCAGUAAAAAAUGCUUGUUGCUCGGACAUGUUCAUCAGUGCCCCUGAGCGGAAAGUUUCCUCGAGUGGUGUCAAGAUGGCGGUAGUAGAUGGAGUUUCGGGUUGUUCACAAGAGACAGACUCGACAGUCUCCUGCCCUCGGAAGCUCAUCCAAUCUGACAAUGGUGCAUCGGAACAGGAAGAUUCGCCUACAGCUUUAACACUGAAAUUCAGCGACUUGGAUUCGAUUCCAUCAGAAGCUAAGCUAAACAAGAUAUUCAGCCACUUUGGUUCUUUAAAGGAAUCAGAGACUGAAGUAUUAACCAAAAAAAGCUGUGCUAGAGUAGUGUUUAAGAGACGUUCGGAUGCUGAAACAGCAUUCAGUAGUUCAGGAAAGUUCGAAAUAUUCGGACCUUCACUCGUUUGUUAUCGGCUUAAUGAUGCUACAUCGCCACAUAAAUCCGCGUCUGUUGAACCAAAACGUCGAAAGAAACUAAACUUUCAGUAAUCUGGUUGUAAACUUGUACAUAAAUAUGCUAAUAGAGUACAUCUUUUUUCUGUUGGUUUCUUUGAUUGCUCUAGAAAUGGAAAAAUUAAGAUCUAGUUCGGUAGAAAACAUCAGUUUAAUGGAAUGUUAAGAUUUUGGGUUUUUAUGUUGCAUAUCUAUUGUGUCUUUUGUUUUCAUUGUUGGUCUUUCUCGAGCCGAGACUUUCAGUAGCUCAUCUUUCGCAUCUCCUUUGUUAGGGUAUUGUUUACUGAUUUUUCGUCCCUCUUCAGACAGUAACUAUAUGUUUUAUGAGCGGGAUAUACCGAAUAUGAUGAUGAUUUAUAACACCCUUAGAAUCAUUUCGGGUUUAUUAUGCGCCCAAUUUGCAUAUUGAUUAGAUCCGUCAUCGGAUAUCAUUUCCCUUUUGUUUCUGUGAACUAUGGAAAAUCCCUUGGUUAUCUCCGAACGUUUUAGAGUGCUAAACUUUGAAAUGCAAUUGACGUCUGAACU